CUUAUGAUAGGAACUUUAUUCAAUGUUUAUCAGAACUAAUGUAUCAACCAUGCUUCCAGCAAUUGACUAUCAAAGACUACUCAUGUACAGAUACCCCUGGUACAUCAUCCACUUCAUUUAAUGGUGUCCAUUCCUUACUAUCUGCAUUCUUCCUCUCUCCUUAUCCUCUCACACUUAGAUUGGAUAAGGUUACAUUUGAUUCUAGUGAUCCUCUAGCUAUCAACACUGAACAACAAUCAAAAUCACUUGAUGUAGCUCGUGUGUAUUUAUAUACAAGUUACAUUGUAUUGAAAUCAUUGAAGAUAAGGAGCAAUGAUGCAUUCUGUUUAUUUUCUAAAGUGAAAUCAAUCAAAGUAGACAAGAUCACUAUUGAUAUUGAUACUGAUACUAACACUCAUAGUUUAAGAUCAUUGCUCAGUAUAGUGUCAGCAAAUGAUAUGACUGUUUCUAUUAAUGAAAUAAAUCUACCAAAAAUAGUCAUUAAAUUUGGUCGGCCAAUUCUCCUGGAGAUAAUUUUUAAUUCAUUGUCACAAACUAAACCAUGCACCUUGUCUUAA